CUCUCUCUCUCUCUCUCUCUCUCUCUCUACAAUGCAGAGGGCCACGAGCUUGGCCCGAGCAUCCGAGGAGCGCCACCACCACGUGAUCGACAUAGGGGAAUGCUCUCCGAGGAGGGGGGAGGCGUGGGCGCGGAGGUCCCUGUGGCGGUCACUGAAGAAGCACUGGAUCCAUGCCAUUCCGGUGAUCGUGUUGCUCUCGUUCUUCAUUCUCUGGUGGUACUCUUAUCCAGUAACCUUGGAAAUCAAAGAUGGCCAAAUCAUAGGAAUACAUAGGAUCAACCUGCCCAAGCCUCUUAAGGAUACUCGCGAUGUUGACCUCACCAUCCUGGCAUUAGCUUCCCCGCCAAAUGCCUCAAUUCCUCAUAUUCCGACACUGAAGAACAAAGUUGAAGUGAAACCUGAAUUGGAACCGGUGAGUCCAACUGAUUGAAGAAUCAUCUCUUAGGUACUGGGUUCUGUUUGCCCUAAACAAUUACAAGAACCAUGAAUGGGAUGUAAGGUGAUACUCGGAUUUGUUUGUUUCAUAGGAGAAUAUGGUAGAAUAAAUCCCCCGCUGCCCUGCAUAUAACUAUGGCGCUGGGAUACCAAUAGGGUUAAGGUUCAAAAUUGACAUGCUUGUCUCAAAUUUACAGUCAGAAAAAGGAGAAAUAGCAAAUAUAGCCUACGAAUUCAA